AUGGGUGAUGUCGUCGAUGUCGGCUCGGCGGGUUGCCCACUCGAAUAUGAAAUUGGUCACAAUCUAAUUUCUCCAUCAGCUGAGAGGCUUUCUCUCGUCAGUUUGGGAAUUUCUCUCAAGCAGUUAUCUACAAGGAUGAUUUCUGGGCGAGAUCAAGACUUACCCUUGAGAGGUGGUAGCAAGGAUGACAAAAGCCAGUGUGUUACUUUCACCAACAUCUUGGAGCAACGAAAGAUGUGCCACAGCAUAUAUAAUACUUCCAUUAUGCCCCAUAUCGGUAACACUAUGCAUUCGAGAGCGAGCAGAGCACCAUCAGCUUAA